AUAGGGAACUAACAAGGAGAAGCAUGGACUCACGCACGCACUCAUUGUCUCUUCCUGUGUCAUGCCAUUAAAGAGAGACAGAGAUGAAUUUGGAAUUGUGUUGCUGCUGCAGGCCUUCCAUUAAAUAAGUCAGAGCUCUGCAGCUUCUCAGAAACAAACACACAGAAAACAGCACUAGUACUCCCUCAUCACCACUGUGUCACUACUUUUUAUUUUUAUUUUUUCAUUGAGGCAACCAAGGCAAGGCAACUAGUAGUUUCCUUCAGUUAAUUUCAAUGUCUUCUGAUCACUAUACUUUUGACGUUUCUUACCAAAGACAUGCAAGCCCAGACAACAUGAUCUCCUAUGAUGGAAAUGGAAAUCUUGUGUUUUUCACUGACCCUCAAGGGAAUUUUAACAGUUCUCUUGACCCUUUUCCCCCUUCUUUCUGCUCUUUUUCUUCUCAGGAAAACCCUGUGCAGCCUCUGUCUAAUAUAAAGGGUGAGUUUAGAAGCUUCUCUUCUUUGUAUGGCUCCGAAGUGACGAGUGAGGAAUGCCAAAUGGGUGUGGAUUAUACCUAUAAUCAGCAAUUUCUUUCUCAAUCUCAAACUUGUCAUGGUUCUGAAAGUGCAUCAAAGUUAAUACAUAGGAGCUUCAGCUGUACCUCUUUUGAUGGGAAGCCUGGUUUCCCCUUUGAACCUCACCCUGACACUCUCAUGGACUUUCAAUGCCAUGCUUUGAACUCCCCUGAAAACACUUUCUUCGCAGCACAAAUGAGGAGAGUGUGCAGUACAGGAGACUUGCAGAACAUGAAAUCAACAGAUAUGUCUCAAAAAGGGAGCCCCUUGUUGGAGGAAGCAAACUUCAAAGUAGGGCGUUAUAGUGCUGAAGAAAGAAAAGAAAAAAUCUCUAAGUACAGAGCCAAGAGAAGCCAGAGGAAGUUCAACAAGAUAAUUAAGUAUGCAUGCCGAAAGACACUAGCCGACAAUCGAACCCGCAUACGUGGCAGAUUCGCACGCAACGACGAAAUCAGCGAGAUUCCGAAAGCUCCUUGCUCAAGUUCAACCACAGAAGAAUAUGAAGACGAGUUCUGGGUUGAAUUCAUUGAAGGAUUAAAUGAGGAGGUCAUGGCUUAAAGCAGAACAAUGUGCGCACUGCACAGAGAGUUAUGGAGCUCCUCAGUUUCAGUACAUGUGUCUUUGGAGUCUUGACAGAAGCAUCUUUUUCUGGAAGACCCUUUUAUGAAGUUUUUGGCUGAUAGCCACUUGACAACGAAACGGCCUUUAGUAUGCAAAGGAAAGAAUUACGAAAGGCUUUUCAAUUUUAACUUUUUUUUAAUUUUUUUAAAAUAAAGUUGCUAUAUUUAGACCAUAGGAUGCUAUGGAAGUCAAAUGUAAGUUGGGUAGUUAUAGGUUGCUUCCACCGAGGUUUUUGCUUAAUUGUAUUUGAUUUUGAUUUGUCUUUUCUAUUGUUGGUUUCGAUUUGUUCAGUGUAUAUAACCGUGUAUCAUAUUCAAUAAUCAGGUAAUGUAUUGUUAGAAAAUAUGUACAGAGUAA